CGCUGCAGUGGAAGCAUCACUGUGACACUUCUACAGCCUUUGUGCCUAAAGUGAGGGACGUCUGCGCUGCUUUCAUAGGCAGAACUUGAUCUGUGAUAAUAAUCGGUGACACAUCGAUCACAACAAAACCGCCUGCACCCACAGUCAAACAGUAGUCGUCAGACCAGUGUGAGGUGACGUGAGUGAAAUGCAGGACUAUGAGAAGUCGGUGUGGUUCUUGGGGACCUGGGGCCGGUUCCAGAGGCGAGUCUUCGUCCUGCUCUGUCUCAUGGCUGUUCCGUGUGGAUACAACCUCCUGUCCAUCAUCUUCCUGCUGGCGACGCCCCCCCACCACUGCCACGUCCCAGCCCACUGGAACAUCAGCCAGGACUGGAUCCAGGCCAGCAUCCCAGUUCAGGUGACAGGGAAGCCCGAGAGGAGCGGCUGCAGCCGCUAUCAGCUGGACCGAGUCCAGAACCUGUCUUGGGGGGGGUCGGGUCCAGAGGCCGUUCUUUCCACCCUGCCGCAGGAGGACUGUAAAGACGGGUGGAUAUACAGUAAUGAGCACUACCAGUCCACCAUAGCCACUGAGUUCGACCUGGUGUGUGGCGACAGCUGGAAGCAGCCCUUCACCUCGGUGGUCUACUUCCUGGGAGGACUGUGUGGGUGCUUCAUCUCCGGGCAGCUCUCGGACCGGUUCGGCCGGAAGCCCGUCGUGUUCGGAGCCACCGUCGUGCUGAGCGUCUUCAGCUGUGCCGUGGCCUCCGCCCCGUCCUGGCCCGUCUUCCUCGGGCUCUACUUCGUAAUGGGCAUGGGUCAGAUCGCCUGCUACAUCAUUGUGUUCGUCCUAGGCUCAGAGAUCCUGCUCGGUUCCAGCAGAGUGCUCUUCUCCACCCUCUUCCUGCCCUGUGUGAGCGUGCUGAGUGUGUCGCUGCUGCCUGUCACUGCCUACCUGGUCAGAGACUGGAGGCACCUGUCGCUGAUCAUGGCCGUGCCCGGCCUGGCCUGCAUCCCCCUGUGGUGGCAGGUGCCAGAGUCCCCCCGCUGGCUGGCGUCGCGCGGGCGCUGGGCCGAGGCCGAGCUCCUCCUGAGGUCGGCCGCUCUGGAGAACGGGGUGAAGCCGCCACAUUCCAUCUUCCACUCAGCCGGGGUUGAAGAGGAAGCAAGCAAGAAGUCCCUCAGCUUCCUGGACCUGCUGAGGACCUCCAACAUCCGCUAUAUCUCACUCAUAUUGUGGGUCGUCUGGUUUUCGUUGAGUCUAAGCACCAUUGGAUUGUCUUUCAACAUGUCUAAUCUCUAUGGCAGCCCUCAUCUCAACUACUUUUUGGCCACAGUCGUUGAGAUCCCGGCUUACAUCACCAGCUGGCUACUUGCUAGCAGGUUCUCCCGCCGCCUGUCCUUCAUGGGCUUCACCCUGUUGGGGGCGCUGGCGCUGCACCUCAUCCUGGUCACGCCGUCGGACCUGCCAGCCAUUACCCUGUCCCUGGUGCUGCUGGGUAAAUACGGCAUCACGGUUGGCAUUGCCAUGUCAUACAUGCACACGGGGGAGCUGUCGCCCACAGUCAUCAGGAACACAGCAAUGUCGUCCUGCGCCACCUUCUCCAGGCUGGGGUGCUCCGUGUCCCCCUAUCUGAUGCAGCUGGCUGCAUUUAAUGAGUUCCUGCCCUGGAUUGUCGUGGGGUCGCUGUCGCUGCUCAGCGUCCUGCUCUACGUCUUCCUGCCGGACACCUUCAGAAAGCCUCUUCCCGACACCAUCGAGGAGAUGGGACGCAUACAGAGGCUGAGGUGGCCAUGGACGUCUUCAUCUUCUCCAAAGGAUGGAAAGUCAAUUAUGAACGAGGCCAUUGGACCGGAGAUCCUGUGCACAACUCACCUAUAAGACUCCUAACACAACACAUGUUGUUAACACAUACAUGCAGUAGAAGCAACUGUUCAUUGUUGUUACCAGGAAGUUCAGCUCCUAUAGCAAUUUAUGGGUGGAAGUGCUGCAAGUGAUGCAAUGAUUCAUCUCAUGUACAGUAAUGAUUUAUUCUCUUACCAAACAGCAGUUGUUAGUAAAGAAUGAGACUAGUUUUUAAGGCAAUGAUGUUAAAAUAAUGUGUUGAUUUAAAGUCAGUGUAAAUGUGAAAGCUAAUGAAUGUAAAUCCUGUCAAUAUUUGUUUCUGUUGCAGCAAAUGUAACAGUGGAUUUAUUUUUGAUAAUAAUAGUGGAGUUUAUUGUUACCUUUACUAUAGAAAAAAGUUUGUAUAUAUGGUUGAUGAAUGUAAAUUUACUCAUUAAAGUAUUUACUAUGAAUAAUGUAAAUGGGGCUUAGUUUUUC